AAGCCAGGGCAGUAUCUCAGCCACACCAAGCUAAGGAGAAAUGGACUCCAUGCAUCAGGUAGCUGCACCUGUGGGCGUUUCAGCUGAGGUUCAGUUGCCGGCGAUGGCGGAAGCUGGGAGUGUGAUCGUGCGUGCCUGUUCCAACGAGAGUCUGGAUUCGGUGGUAGGGAAGAUAUCAUAUGGAAGCAGCGAGGCGUGGGAUGAUGACCUAGAGGAUUCUGCUGAUUCAAAAACCAUGGUUGUUCGUGUUCUGGACGGGGAUGUGGUUGUCAUCGCCAAGCUCCUCAAGAGGAACCUGAUGCUAGAAUUCGAGGCGGAGGCAAUGAGCGACGCUGCAGCACCGGCAUGCUCAUCAACUGCUUCAAGCGAGGACUCCAGCUGCUACAACAACCUCGCAGAUUCGGGAGGGGAAGCAACAAGCCGGUCAUCAAAGCGGAUGAAAAUGUAGCCAUAUUCAGUAGUUUCGUCAGCUGGUAGAAACUUAUGUAACUGAAUCUAAAAUCUAUAUAUGAGGCUGCACGAUGCAACCAGCUCGGUUGCUUGAAUAAAUAAAUA